UUUUUCCCACAUAAAAACUAAAAUGAGAUGCUGUGAGGGUUUUAAGCCGUGGUGAUGCUGACCAAAAUAAAGUGAACUGGUACUGAAGAAGAAUAGAUGCAGAAUAAAUGCAGCAUGUUGGCUCCCCUAGUGGAUACAAUAAGUACUGAUAUUAAACAUCUUUAUAAAGGGAGACUGGAGGUGGGGCCGGUGAAAUACUGAAAGUCAGUCAGACAGAAUCACAAUACACAAUAAACAGCAUGUCAAACAAAAUUGUUAUAAUUUAGAGUAAUUACAGUGUCGUGUACAGACCUAAACAAGCAUGUUUGUUUAGUUAUGUGUAACCUGCUCAGAAGUGAAUCUGUGAACUUGAGCAGGGUGGAGAGCUGAGCGUUCUGUUAAACACUAGACUACGUGGUUUUCCUGUGGCUUAAAUGACCUGCUUCCUGAUUUUAUUACUCUUGAAACGAAUGUCUCGAUGCUUUCACUUCAUCCAGGAGCUGUGAAAUGGCGCUGCUCGUCCUCCUGUUCUUCUUCCAUCUGAUUCUGGACAUUAACUCUCAAUAUGUUCCUCAGCCCCAGCUGUCCGUGACUCCUGAAGUUCUCACAGAGAGAGGAUCAGUGCAGAUUCACUGUCAUGUUCCAGACAAUGUUAAAGUGUCUCUGUGUUAUUUCUACCCAGAGAGAGACAACAGAAAUCUAAAACUCUCUCCAUCAUGUCAGCUCUCAGUCACUGGUUCUGAACUGAUCAGGUGGACAGGACGAAGUUCUCCGGGAACACUUCAUAUUACUUGUUACUACGCUGUGGAUAACUCUGUUCGUACUGCUUCUCCUCGCUCUCUCCCAGCUCCAGUCACAGUGCGGUAUCAGAAACCGAGACUAAGCGUCAGUCAUGAUGAUCAGUUUGAUGAAUUCAGAUUUGUGUGUGAAAUAUCAGGGUCACAGUCAGUAACUGCUGAUUUUAGCUGUAAUCUCUACACUGGAGAAAAUCCUCAGCUUUUCCUAAUCCAAAGAUCUCAAAAGGGAAACUCUGUGAAGGUUUGUAUUUUUACAGCACAGAGAGACGCUGUGUUUAAUCGUCUGCAGUCAGUAAAGAGUCGUGAAGUGAGCUGUGAUUAUUCACUGAUCUCUGACCCGACUGCUCGCUCUCUAAUGAGUGAUAAAUACAACAUGAUUCGUUUCUUUCCUACACCAACACAGCCGUCCAUCACUACUGAGAAAUCCACUGCAUGUGAGUUCAUUUUAUUUUAUUUACUGCUGUUUAGUUCUGUUACACUUUUUUUUUUAUAACUGAAGUUUAAUGUGCAUUAUGUUACACAUGUAAGAUGUGUUUAUUUUAUAUUACAUAUUCCUUUUUUUUCACAAUAUAUUUUAUGUGUGUAGUUUAUUUAGUGACUAAAGAGGAAUCAAUUUUUGGUUAAUUUAUUUCUUUAAGUAUCACAGUUUAAUUCCCAAAACUCAAAUACAUCUAGAGAUUAAAAUAGACACGUUACAGUUUAAUGUGUUACUUCUUUAGAUUUAAAACAAACAUGAAUGUGUGAUCCUGUUCUGGAUAUGAUAUGUAGGAAAACAAAUAUGAAUACAAAUGUACUCUGAGCUUUCUAAAAUCCUACCUGUGCGUUUACACACAUGGAAAGAGUUUCAACAGGAAUCAGUUUCAACACUUCAUUCAGGAAUCAGUGACUGACAUUGUCCUGGACUGUGUGUGUGUGUGUGUGUGUGUGUGUGUGUGUGUGUGUGUGUGUGUGUGUGUGUGGUUGUAGAUGUUCCUCAGCCCCGGCUGUCCGUGACUCCUGAAGUUCUCACAGAGAGAGGAUCAGUGCAGAUUCACUGUCAUGUUCCAGACAAUGUUAAAGUGCGUCAGUGUUAUUUCUACCCAGAGAGAGACAACACAAAU